AGCCUCACAUCUCUUUAUUGGGAUCUGAAUCUUUCACAUUUUCUCUGACAAUUAAACGAGGAAAAAAAACAAAGCAGAAGAGAAAGAAGAAAAAAAGAGAGACGAAAAAUGCCUCAUGGAACUCUUGAAGUUGUUCUUGUCAGCGCCAAAGGUCUUGAAGACACAGAUUUUCUGAAUAGCAUGGAUCCUUAUGUGCAAUUCACUUGUCGGACUCAAGAUCAGAAGAGCAACAUUGCAUCAGGACAAGGCACGACUCCAGAAUGGAAUGAGACAUUUAUCUUCAAUGUCUCUGAAGGAACAACAGAGCUAAAAGCCAAAAUCUUUGACAAAGAUGUUGGCACAGAGGAUGAUCCCGUUGGUGAAGCAACCAUUCCAUUGGAGCCGGUCUUCUUGGAAGGAGAUAUCCCACCAAGUGCAUACAAUGUGGUGAAAGAUGGAGAGUUCAAAGGCGAGAUCUGGAUCGCACUAUCCUUCAAACCUUCGGAAAACCGAAGCAGGGGGGUUGAAGAGGAGUCUUAUGGAGGCUGGAAAAACUCUGAGGCAUCUUACUAAAGAGAUUAACACCAAUGUGUGGUGUUACUGUUUCAUUUGAGUCUUGGAAAAUAAAAUGUUGAGUUUCCAUUUUCAAAGACUGUUUUGUUCAGAGAGUUUCUUCUUAUUACUAUUACUCUUGUGUUCAAUUUAGAUUUUAUGAUUUAAAACUCCUGAGAUUUUGAUUCUUUUGUCAAGUACUUGAUUCAGUCU